UGAAGAAUAGGGCAGCACCUCACACUGACUAAGAGGUGCUUACUUUAAUGUGAGAGAAGAGCGCUGAUACACCAGACACCUGACAUUCUCAGAGACACAGACGAAGGAUAGGACCAUUGAGAAGAUGGCCAGUUCCUGUGAAAAUUCUGUGUAUCCUGAUGCUGCUGCUGCACAGCAGUCAACAAAAACAAGUGUUUAAUGAUGAGGACACUCUCAAUCUCCCUGCAAAUUAUGCAGUUGGCUGGAUGAAAACUCUGGAUGAUGAAAAGUUAAUUUCUACCAUGACCAUUCCUGGUACCCAUGAUUCCAUGGCUCUUCAUGGAGGACCACUAGCUAAAUGUCAGGCAUGGUCACCAGAGAACCAGUUAAAGGCCGGGAUACGAUACUUCGACUUGAGAGUGUCUGGCUUAGGAUUAAUAAUUAUGCAUGGACCGAUUUGCCAAUUUAUAACAUUGUCAAGCGUUCUCAAAAAAAUUAGGGCAUUUUUAGAUGAUUUCAGUAAGGAGAUAGUGCUUGUCAGAGUUAAGCCCGUUUUUCCUAUGAAGGGAAAAGUUCCGAAGUUAGUUGAAAACAUGAUUAAAAAUGCUACAGAUAUCUGGGUUAAGCCGUCAGUUCCGAGGAUUGGUGAAGUAAGAGGAAAGAUUGUUUUUGUUCAGAAAGACAGCUUUAAGUUAGGCAUUAUUUUGUCUGAAACUGACCAAAAAGGAGACUAUAUAGUAACUGAUGUUAAAGUCAAAGAGGAAAAGAUUAAAAAGCAUCUGGAAGAAGCUGCUGAACAAUGUAGUAAAGGUACUGGUCUGAGUCUGAGCUACUCGAGUGGCACGAGCUUGCCUAAGUCUAUUAAAUUUUUGCCAAAUGCAUUGGCAAAGGAAAUCAAUCCUUGGUUGUAUGAUCAUCUUAAAGAGGAAUUUAAAAAGAAACCCAAGCCUUGUUUUGGGAUCAUAGCCAUGGACUUUCCAGGUUUUGACUUGAUUCAAAUGGUCAUCAAAUUCAAUAGGCCUACCUAAGAUUUUUCAGUCUUUACUUUUUCCUGUGGGUUUAUCAGGAAAUUAAUGUUCUUGUUGCUUUCAUCAGAUAAUUGAGAAUAUUUAAACUUACAAAUUAUAUAAUCAAUAUUUUAGGUGUGUUAUGUUAUUUCAAUAAUAAGAUUUUUUUUGUUGUCUUAUGGGUUUGGAACAACAUUAGCAUGAGCAAAUGAUGACAAAAGUUCAGAGUGAACUCAAAAAAAAAAAAAAGGUAUGGGCAAAACAUCUAAGGCUCAACAAUUAGUUUAGAUUUUGAUUAAUUUGUGAUUUUUAUUUUCAGUAAUGAAUCUCAAUAUUGUCUAGAAAUAUUUUUAUAUUUUUAAAGUAUGAUCUAAUUAUAAAUUUGCUAAAUUUUUUACUAAAUUUUUUUCUUCACAAAAAAAAAAAAAAAAAAAGCAACAAGCUGGAAAUAUACAGCUAUAAUGUCUAUAAAUGUAUAAACAUUACUGAUUGGUGUGUCGUUUUAACACAUUCUUAACUGUCUGAUGUGAUGUAUGAUCAUUAUUUCUGCACUAAUAAAGCAUUACAAUCCCUGGCUCA